GUACAAUCAGCUGGGUCGUAUCUCUUGCAUUGUUUGCGGUAUUCAGAUCAAAUCGGAGCAUGCGUGGAACGCGCAUAUCAUAAGCAAAACACACAAACAAAACGAAGCGCGAGAGGCUCAAGUUGCCCUAAAGCGAUCAAUGGAGGAUGCACCUGUCCAACUUUCUGUUCUGACAAAACGAUCGAAACCCGAUGGGGACAAAAUUGUUCCGCUAGCUGGACGCGAGAUCUCCAUUAGUCAGACACAGAUCACAAGCCAGACGACAUUACCAUCAGCAUCAUCAUCACCACCACCAACUGCUGCAAAAAUACCAACAGACACGGCCGCUCUGGGCGAGAAAAAUCCGACUGAAAAAACCCGAGAUGACUUAUCUGGAUCUAAACUACCAGAAGGCUUUUUUGAUGAUCGAUACAAAGAUGCCAAGGUUCGAAAUGUCCCCUACAGGGACAAACUAAUCGAAGAAAUGGAAGUGUUCCAGAAAGAAAUGAUUUCACUUGAAAAGGUAAUGUGGCCGUUUUUAUCUGCCGGGACAGAUUGCUGCACGCGCGCGCGCACACACACACAGUGA